AUGUUAAAGAAAACAGAGCAGAUUUCAGACACUAUCGUCACCACAACAACAACUAUCACCACCCCUACCAUCGAACCAAGAACCGCUCAAAGACAUGGAACAAAACUGAAAGACAUUGGUGCAUUUAUCCAAUCUGUUACUGGCUGCUUAGCAGCUCUUGGACCGAUCACGGGUACGGUUUUAUGUUGGUGUGGAAUACGAUGUUAUCGUAACGGAGGGGAGUGUAAGAGCGCUUGGUGGUACCCGAAGACGUUAAACGAAUAUCGUCGUCGCCGCGAUGCAGCGCGAGGUAGAGCAGGAAUAAAAUAUUUACGUGGUAUGUUGAUCUAUGCACCACCUGGGACUCAGAUAUUAAUUGCACGAACGAUAUGUGAAAUAUCAGGUGUGAAACCAGAAAUAGUCAAUGGUCCGGAAUUAUUUAGCAACAUGUUGGAAAAAUCCAAAGCAAAAAUAAGGGAGUUAUUUUGCGAAGCAGAAAUAGACGAACAAAGUUUUGGAACAAAUAGCGAUCUUCAUAUUAUUAUUUUCGAUGAGAUUGAUGCACUGUGCAAGCGACGAUCAAUAGUUGGUACUGGAACACGAGAUGCAAUUCAAGAUAGCAUUACUACACAAUUAUUAAUUAACAUUGAUGGUGUCAGUCAGUUUAAUAAUUUUUUAAUCAUUGGCACAACAAAUAUAAAAGAUUCAAUCGAACUGGCUCUCACAAGCCCUGAUCGAUUAGAACAAAUGAUUGUCCACCAGAGACCGAAACGGGUCGGGUCGAGUCCGGUCGUCUCGGGUUCGGGUUAA